AAAUGUGUUCGCCCAAGACAGCAAUUCAAGGUACUAAUAGCAGGACCUUUGAGCUUCUCAAUCAACUUGUCUGAGCAAUUCUUGUAAAUGGGUUGCAAUGGACAGCCAAGGAGGACCCCCAGCCAGCAGGCGCCUGUAACCACAGAGCAGUCACAAAGUCAGCAGGUCACGGUGCCGCAUUUUCUCAAAUUGCUGGCUGGUAAGAACUAUGGGAAACAAGAGAAUUACCAUGAUUCAGAGUGAAACAGUUACAAUAAUCACAAAAUUGUCUGCAAACCACAACCCUCACCUCUCCAAUAGCCCUGUGAAUGAGACUAGGGGACUGCUGGGGCUGCUCUGUCCUGGGGCUCAGCAGUGUGACAGCAGGUAGCAGCCCCCAUUCCACCCCCAGCAGGAGUGGCAGAGUAGAAGGCAGAGAUGACCUCAGGACCCUCCAGGACAAUGGGUCCCCUCCAAAUAAUGUUCACAGCCUGUUGGGUGAAGAUGGUCAAUGGGCAUUGCCCAGUGAAACAUCAGGCACUGGAAAGUAAACCAAAGGAAAAAUUCAAAGCCAUUCCAUCUCUGGAGAAACUGCUGUAGUGCCACACAGCAGAUGAGCAUUUCACCUCGCUGCAGGGCUGUCACAGGCUCCUCAGUCAACAGGGGGUGGUACGUGCCACGCCAAUGGUGACAGAGGAAGCUCAGCCCCGGGGAAAUGCGUCGAGGAGGGGUGGGGGUGUUUCCUCCACCAGCAUUGCUGCUGUCACAACCACUGGCAAGUGGUCAUCACUGGACACCUUGCUGGUCAUGUGCCAGGAGCACUGGUAGGAGGGCUCACCGGGCCUGCGUGCCACACAGCAGCUGGUCUAGAGGAAUAUUCACUCUUCUCCAAGGACAGCGAGUGAGCAGGAACUGUGCUUCUUAAUAGCCCCAAAAUGAACCUCAGCAGCUGCAAUAUCACAGCCUAUGAAAAUUUUCCACUUGUCCAGCUGUGUGUUUACAUCCCAGUUUUGCUUUUGGGCAUUUUACUGAAUGUGUUGGCAUUGUGGGUAUUCUGCUGCAAACUCGGCAAAUGGACAGAAACCAGAGUAUACAUGGUCAACUUGGCUGUAGCUGACUGCUUUCUGCUCUUCACUUUGCCUUUUAAAACUUUAACCCAGCUCCAUCAGUUGAAGGCAAGUAGAUGGUGCCUGGUUCUGGAAGGUGGCUAUUUCAUAAACCGCUUAAUGAGUAUUGGUAUCAUCACUAUCGUAGCAGUUGAUAGGUACCUUGCAAUCAAGUACCCUUUGAAAGCCAGGGUGCUGAGGUCACCACUGAAGGCAGCUUUCGCCUCUGGAUUUCUUUGGAUAGUCAUCAUCUGUGCAAUGUCACUCAUUAAAAAGUUAGAGGCCCGAGAACAAGAUGAACUUUGCUUUGAAAAAUCUUCUGUUAAGCCCUCAGUGACCACACUGUGUGCUAUUAUUGUAGGGUUUUUCAUACCAUUGAUCAUCUUGAGUUAUUGCUCCAUACAAGUCAUUGCAGAACUCAUGAGAAAGAAGAAUGAAAACUGUCACAAGGAAAAGCUAAUCAGGAAGGCCAUCUAUAUUGUGUCUGCAAACAUGGCUGUGUUCAUUGUAUGCUUUUUACCUCUCUACGUCGGGCAUCUCAUUCGCUUUAUAAUGGAUUCCAUCAGUUCCAACUGCUCUGCAAUACAGAAGGUUAAUAAUUUUGUUCACCUCGCCUCGGUCCUCGCAAACACAAACUGCUGCCUGGACGCUAUUUGUUACUACUUCGUCAACAAGGAAUUUAAGGAAGCAUCUUCCAAGCUAGCGAUGUCCAAAUCUGGAGCCAGUAAAGAAACUGAAAUUCAGCUCCCAUGCAUGACGCACUAGUGCAAAACAUAUGCAACACACAUUUUAUACUUGCUGUGUUCUAGUUCAACCAAGACUCAAUAGCAGGCUUUCACACUUUCUUUUUGUGUGAGUGGGAUGGAGGGACUUUCUGCUAAUGGGAAGGAUUCAGACACAUGAAAAUUAGCCCUGAUGCAGACAAC